UUGUGGAUUUUCUUUUUCUGUAUAUAAUUUUUACAAGUUUACCACUAAGUGUUCUGGCGCUCAAACUACUUUUCCGUAAGUCCAUGCUCAAAUUACUCUUACUACAGUCUACGAUCAAGUAGAUGGAUUGUCGAGUUCCUACAGAACAAAUCAGAUCUUUAUUAGAGUUCACAUGGACGUGGUCGGGUGGCACAACCGAUUGAAAAAGCGCUAAGCUCACCGAGUUCGAAAACUGCCACUGCACAAGUGUGGAAACAUGGGGUAUUUUACAUGAUAAUCUAGAAGAAGGCAAAUGGCUGAUAAUCAGCAGCUAGGAGUGCUCAAAGCACUCGAUGUAGCUAAGACACAGCUGUACCAUUUCACGGCUAUUGUUAUCGCCGGAAUGGGUUUCUUCACCGAUGCCUACGAUCUUUUUUGUAUCUCAUUGGUCACAAAGCUGUUAGGCCGCAUCUACUACCACAAGAACGGAGCAGCUAAGCCGGGAACACUACCACCAGAAGUGGCGGCCGCAGUCAAUGGUGUGGCUCUAUGUGGGACACUUAUGGGUCAACUUUUCUUUGGGUGGCUUGGAGACAAACUAGGCCGGAAAAAAGUUUAUGGAAUCACUUUGAUUAUGAUGGUCGUUUGCUCUGUUGCAUCCGGUCUUUCAUUUGGAAAUAGUCCCAAAGGUGUCAUGACCACUCUUUGCUUUUUCAGGUUUUGGCUUGGAGUUGGUAUUGGAGGUGACUAUCCACUCUCAGCAACGAUCAUGUCUGAGUAUGCAAACAAGAAGACUCGUGGUGCGUUCAUUGCGGCCGUGUUUGCUAUGCAAGGAUUUGGGAUCAUGGCUGGAGGCAUCGUUGCACUAAUAUUCUCGAGCAUUUUUGAUCAUCAAUUCCCAUCACCUAUCUACAGUGUAGACCCUGUUGGCUCGACCGUACCUCAAGCUGAUUACUUAUGGCGUAUCAUUCUUAUGGUGGGUGCUCUCCCCGCCGGUAUGACCUAUUAUUGGCGAAUGAAGAUGCCCGAAACUGCUCGUUACACUGCUUUGGUUGCUAAAAACAUCAAACAAGCUACACAAGACAUGUCUAAAGUCUUGCAGGUGGAUCUAGAAGCUGAGGAAGAAGUUGCUGAAAGGGUUGCUCAAAAUCCCAGGCUUAACUACGGCUUGUUCUCCAAGGAAUUCCUUAGACGUCAUGGACUUCAUCUCCUUGGAACUACUUCCACUUGGUUUUUGCUUGACAUUGCAUUUUACAGUCAAAACUUAUUUCAAAAAGAUAUAUUUUCUGCCAUUGGAUGGAUCCCAGGUGCGGCUACGAUGAAUGCCAUCCACGAGGUUUACAAGAUCGGUAGGGCGCAAACCCUCAUCGCGCUAUGCAGUACCGUCCCAGGGUACUGGUUCACGGUUGCGUUUAUUGACAUCAUGGGAAGAUUUGCAAUCCAACUAAUGGGAUUCUUCUUUAUGACUGUGUUCAUGUUCGCUAUAGCUUUCCCUUAUGAUCAUUGGAUCAAACCCGACAAUCGCAUCGGAUUUGUCAUUAUUUACUCCCUAACUUUCUUCUUUGCAAAUUUCGGUCCAAAUGCAACUACAUUUGUUGUUCCAGCUGAGAUCUUCCCAGCUAGGUUGAGAUCCACAUGUCAUGGAAUAUCAGCCGCAGCAGGAAAGGCGGGAGCUAUUGUGGGCGCGUUUGGCUUCUUAUACGCAGCUCAGUCAAAGGAUAAGACCAAGACAGACGCAGGUUAUCCACCGGGUAUUGGUGUCAAGAAUUCGUUGAUCAUGCUUGGUGUUGUAAAUUUUGUUGGUAUGCUCAUGACGUUUUUAGUACCUGAAUCUAAAGGCAAGUCUCUUGAGGAGCUUUCAGGUGAAAAUGUAAAUGAUGAGACGGCCUCGUCUGGGGUUUCUACCUCCGGAAGAAACUGAAGUCUCCUUAGAUACGAACCAAAUGCUAUAGUUAUUUCGUCCAUUUGAUUUUCUGUAAAAUUUGUUGUUUAUCUUCUUGUGUGAACAAAUCAUAAUGUAUUAAAGAGCUUCUUGUUUGAAUAAGGUGUUAUGUAUUAACAAUACAAUACAGGGAAUCAACGAAAUAUUUUCCACAAUUUGGAGGUAUCGUUCUGGAAGUCCUUAGUUGAGUGGUUGGCAAAAGAUUUAUUCAACUCUCAAAUGCUGCAAAGUUAUGUUAACACUAUGACAAACGGAUAUUUACCCGCAAUUAUCAACAUAACUUUGCAGCAUUUGAGAUUUUAUUCAAUCCUCAAAUGCUUCAAAGUUAAAUUAACACAUUCAUGUUCACAGACUAGUCCUGAGACCUUUUACAGUAAAUCACCUUUUGGGGGUUUCUAUGCUCUGAGAUACCUUAAAGAGAUAAUUACUCAAUUAGUGUAGAAAAGUUUUGAUAUGACUAGAACAAUAUACAUUUUCUGAAAAUUACUCAAAUGUUGGUACUUGUAACACCCCGAUCCGGCCGUCUAGGCCGCGGUCGAAGUCUUACGUCGUUCGGUCCACCACUUCCUGGCCGAACCUCUUAAAUUUUUGCCCUUCAUUUAAUAUAUCAUCCUUAGGUGUGGGCUAUCUUAGACCUUAGCUAAAUACUUCCUUAGUCAUUCAUAGCUUAGAUCCUUUCAACAUAUACGCAGCGAAAUAUUCUCUAACUAACCAUUGGUCUAAAACCAAUCUAACACUUGAUAGGUCGAAUCACCUUAGCCUUGGUUAGUUUCUCAACUACCAACAAGCUUAGAGGUCAAUUCUAAACCCAAACCAAGUCAUACAAUUCCGAGGUUCCAUUUCCCUAAACCAUUCAAUCUAGAUCUGUGCAAUAAUCACACCUUUGCCACAUCCACAGAGCUCGUUAGCUCAUCGGUCCUCCAUUGAUCCGAACUACGCUUGCUUGUCUAUUGGACCAUGACCACUCAAUGAUCUUACUCAAUGAUCUUACUUAAGGUCCUUACCUUGGUUCCUGGAUUAAACAGCUCCCCUAGUUAUUUGAUGAGUAAGGACCUUGAUUGUAAUGCAUAUAAUUGAACCGUUUCUCUAAAUCUUUAUCUGUUUCUCAUGUUCUGCUUACAUCCCAGAUCCAGGUUGACAGCCACAACAGGCAAUGACUCUUCAAGUGGGACGGCCUAUGACGGUGUAAAGAAACUGGAGACGUCUCAGUUGCAGAGUCACCAUCACAAGUACGUUUUCUUAUUUAUCAUCUACUUGGGACAUUAAACCCGUGUACACGCAGACUAUUGAGUUUCUAUGCAAAGUCAAAGUUGUUUUUACUGAAACUACAAACUGAUAGUGCUACAUCUCAUGUGCCAAGUGUUCCAUGGUGUAACACAUAAGUGAUGUAGGUGUUGUCAAGUUAUAUUAUUAGUCGUCAAGGUGGGGGCUACAAUCCUGUUGAUCAUAUGCAUGGACCAAGUUGUGCUUCUUGCAAGUACCAUGUUGGUGAUUCCUCAUCAACGCGCAGUAAUCUCCUAGAGCUGUAGAUGAGAAGAUUGUACCUGCAAAUGUUGUGCACCAACAUCAGACACUGACCAGCUGGAAUUCAUCAGUGAGAAUAGUGAGAAUGUAGAUGAACAACAGAGGUCAUCACCAGGGAACCCAUCCAAGAGGUCAUCAUUUUAUGUUUUCCGAAUGAGGGUUAGGACACUUAGUCCACCAUCUAAUUAAGGAUUUCUCUGACUUCUGGUUCUUUUACUCAUGUGAACAUUUUGAGUUUUUAAUAUUACAUAUUUUUCAAUAUCCCACUCUAUCCAGUAUCCAAAAUCCAAAUGCUAUGAGAAUGAGAUUGACAAUUUCAUUUACAUUAUUUUUUGGUCAUUGUUAGUGAAAGUAACAAUCACCUAAUACAAAAAAACAACUGUAGUAGACAUCAGUUGUAAGUUGUAACCAAGUCUCUUAGUAGCCUAACUCUAUUUAGUUAGUGAUACGAUGACUCCAGAUUUGUUUAGAACGACACAUACUUGACACUACUCUCUCUUUCACUCUCUGCAACAUCUAUCUAAAUAUUUUCUCACCUAUUGCUACUCAUUUUUCCUAGAGGACCACAUCAUCUUUCUCCAAACUCACGUCAAGAACCUCCGUUAACACACUUUGAAUCUGUAGGCUUCAACAUGAUAUAUGUUGAUAAUAACGGGAAUUUUUUUGGCCUUCAUGUUCUACACUUGCAAUGCAAGUAAGCUUGAUUUGAGUACCAGUUUCAUAGCAGCCUAGCAGCAUACCACUACAAGAAAACAUGCAUUUCCCGACUGCAAAAUCAGUAGCUAAUCAGUCGCAAAAUGUACGGUUACGACUGAUACAUGUAGUCACAAAUCAACGUGUCACAAAAACUAUCAGUCGUAAGACUGAUUUGAGACUAAUUUGCGAUUAAUGUUAUUGGUCAUAAAUCCGUCGCAGUUCAGACGCCAAAUUUUACGACUGAAUUACGACUUCUUUGCGAGAACGGAUUGUAGUCGUUAUUUGGUCGCAAUAUUUAGUGACUAAUUUACUACUACAGUUUUAGAAUCACCGUUGCUAAUUAGUCGCAAAACGAAAAAUUAAAAACAAAAAAAAAAUUAAAAUUAAAAUUAAUAAAUUUAUUAAAAUUUAAAAUGAUUUAUAUAUAUUAAACUGGUUUAAAUUAAAACUGAGACAGAUACAUAAUUACAUAAAUACAAAAAGAAAAACUAAAUCAAAGACCAAAACUAUUUGGUCAAGAAAAUGAAUCAAAACUUAAAUCUAAGCCGCUGUUAUUAGCAUACGGGAGCUAACACUAAACCUAAAUCUAAACCUAACAUAAACUUCGUUUGUUUUUUCAGCCGCCACGCGAGCAAGGAAUUUCGCGGACGUGAGGAGCCAUUACGGAGCAGACGAGGAGAGGGGGCGUGAUCGAGCAGAGGAGGAGAGGACGUGUCAUGGAGCAGAGAAGAGGAAUAGAGACGUCACGAGGAGAGAGGCAUUGGAGGAGAUGAGGCGGAGAGUAGGCUGUCGUCGUCGCUGUCGUGGGCUUCAUGAGCUUCUCCGUAAGGUCGUCGGUUUGUCAGCGAAGAAGAAUGAUGAGUUAGAUACAGAGGAAGAUAUCAGAGAUGAUGAGAGAGAUGAGAGUGAAAGAGAUUGUGAAUUCUCGUGAGAGGAGAUGAGAUGAAGACACGUGUGAGGGAAGGGAUGAAGAAACACGCAUCGGAUGGUUAUAAAGGUGAUUCGUGUGAUGCUUUGUUCAACCAAUAAGAAAAGAGGAGAGGGAUUAUUAACUAAAGUUUAUUUUGUUUUAGUUUAAUAUUAUAUGGAGGACAAUUUCUUUUAAAGAAAAUGUAUGUAGGAAAUGUUACAGCGAAGUUUUAGAAAGGUUAAAGCAAACAAUUUAUUUUUAUGA